CUGGUGGGGAGCGGCCGCCCCUGGCUGGCCGCGGCCGCGGUGCCAGGGAGCGGCAGCUGCGCUUGUCCCCCGCGGAAACUUUGGCCGGCGCGGAAGGGGGAGGAUGGAGCCGGGGGAGCCCGCGGCGGCCCCCCUCAACUGGUCUCAAGCUGGGGCAGAGCCGCCCCGCGGGGCGUUCAACCUCUCCGGGCUGCCAGAGGCAGAGGGGAAGCCCCUCUUCGGCAUCGGCAUCGAGAACUUCAUCACCUUGAUCGUCUUUGUGUUGAUCUUCGCCAUGGGGGUGCUGGGUAACUCGCUGGUGAUCACGGUGUUGGCAAGGAGCAAGCCAGGCAAGCGCCGCAGCACUACCAACAUCUUCAUCCUCAACCUGAGCAUCGCCGACCUGGCCUACCUGCUCUUCUGCAUCCCCUUCCAGUCCACAGUCUACGUGCUCCCUACCUGGGUUCUGGGUGCCUUUGUCUGCAAGUUCAUCCACUACUUCUUCACUGUCUCCAUGCUGGUGAGCAUCUUCACACUCUCGGCCAUGUCGGUGGACCGCUACGUGGCCAUUGUGCACUCCCGACGCUCCUCGGCCUUGCGAGUUUCCCGCAACGCACUGCUGGGCGUGGGGCUCAUCUGGGCGCUCUCCUUUGCCAUGGCCUCACCUGUGGCUCACCACCAGCGCCUCUUCCACCGUGAGGCCUCCAACCAGACCUUUUGCUGGGAGCACUGGCCCAACCCACGCCACAAGAAGGUCUACGUGGUUUGCAUGUUUGUCUUCGGAUAUCUGCUCCCGCUGCUGCUCAUCUCCUUCUGCUAUGCCAAGGUUCUUAAUCAUCUGCAUAAGAAGUUGAGAAACAUGUCAAAGAAGUCAGAAGCAUCCAAGAAAAAGACAGCACAGACUGUGUUGGUGGUGGUAGUGGUUUUUGGCAUCUCCUGGCUGCCGCAUCACGUGAUUCAUCUCUGGGCUGAAUUUGGAGUUUUCCCACUGACUCAAGCCUCCUUUCUCUUCAGAGUAACAGCACACUGCCUGGCUUACAGCAAUUCUUCUGUGAACCCGAUUAUAUACGCAUUUCUCUCUGAAAAUUUUAGGAAGGCCUACAAACAAGUCUUCAAAUGCCAGAUAGGUAACGAGUCACCUCUGAAUGACGCCAAGGAAAAUAGAAGUCGAAUAGAUACACCACCAUCUACCAACUGUACGCACGUGUGAACUUUGAAAAGUCCUAAAUGUUGGCUCUUCAUUUGUGUGAACCAAACACCUGAAAAACAAAGCACAAUGAGCUUUAUCUUGGGUUUAUCUUGAUGAAGUUAAUUGGUAUUUAAUGGACUGAAGUUGCAUUUAUAGCAAGACUGUAUGUUGUGAAACUGAUAUGAAGGAAAACUGGGCUGAUCCUUUGCAUAUUAGAUAGCUUUAUCAAAUGAAGCUCUUGGACCUUUAAAAGAUACUUGAGAAAAAAAUGUUGGAUAUGAUAUGUCUGUAUUCUUACUAAGCACAUGGUGUGUAAACAUUCAAAUAUACAAGAAGGAAAUGUUGAUAUGGACAAGUAACUUUCUGACAUCUUACUUCAUCGAAGGGAAGAGAUGGCUAAAUUUUCUGUCUUACAGAUAAUAAAUAUGUUAGUGCUAUGAUUUCAGAGAGGAAAAGUUUUGUUAUCUCUUCAGAUUGUUUUGACAAUGCCUCUUCUCUUUUUAAUGUAAAGAUGGGCUCUGAUUCAGAGUUGAAAUAACCUGUGUACAACUUGAGGGAAUUGUCUUAUAGAGGAAACACCAAUUAUACCUGUUUAGCUGUCUUUUUAAUGUAACAUAUUGAGUAGUGAUGGAGUUCUUUCCAGUUCAUAUAGCUGCCUUACUGUAUACACAGACCUUCUGUGUGCGCUGUAUAAGGUUUUGUUUACGGCCUGUGUAUAGUUGUACCAAAAUGAGGAUUUAUGUCUAUCUGAGGGAAGCUUUUCUUCAUGUGUUGCAUGUGCGUGUAUGUUUUGUUAACUUUAUAGACUUUGAGGUGGAGGUAUAGUUUUAAAUGUGCAAUAUAUACAUAUGUUUUAAAAUAUUAUGUUGUAUAAAGUGACUCUAGGCAAUGCUUAAGCGUUCAAAAAUAGUAUUCCCUUAAAAGUUGUAGGAGGGGCUUGAUAUUGUGUACCUCUAAAUUGGAAAAAUUCAGAAGGAUGUGUUUAAAUCGAUAUGAAGUAUCUAAGGUAAAUAGCCCAAUUCUGCAAAUUCUUAAAUAACAUGAGUAGUUUCAGCAAUUUUAGAAAAGUAGUUAAUAUGUCUUUAGGUGGUAAACCACUAAAGAAAUAGUGGAAAGGCACUCAGUCAUUUGAGAACCUUACUGUUAGCUGGAAUAAGAUAUGCUUUUACCUUUUUAAGUUGAGUAACUGAAGUUGAAGAAACCUCUAGACAGUCUCUCAAGGCAGGGAUAUCCUCAGAGUAGGAUUGCUUCCUUGUUUAGGCAAGUUUUGAAAAUCUCUAAGGGUGGAGAUUCAACAAUUUUUUGGGGACAACUUGUGCCAGUGCCUAAUCUCCCCCACUAAAACAUUUUUUCUUUCCUCAGUUGGGAUUUCCCUUGAUGUAGCUUGUGACUGUUGCCUUCUGUCUUUUCACUGUGUACUUAAGUCUUCUCUCUAACUAAAAUGUAAUUUAAGAUGGCAGUUAAAUUUCCCCCAGCCUUCUCUUCUUAAACAAUGUGUCACUCUCAGUCUCUCCUCAUCUGUCGUGCUCCAGCUCCUUAGCCAGAUUAGUGGCCUUCCACUGGCCUUCCUCCAGCAUAUCCAUCCCUCUCGUGAACUGGGAAGUUCAAAACUGAACAGAGUGUUCCAGAUGUGCCCUGACAAGCACUGAGGAGACUAAUCGCUUCAGUGUGUUGGAAGCACAUCAGCUAUGGAGGGUUAGCUCACGUGAAAAUGUCUAUGUGUCAAUAUUGUCUGCUUGGAAUCAGUAAAAUAAUAUUGAAGACAUGCUAUUGCAUGCAUGGUGUCUGUGUUCAUUCUUUCAUACAAAGGCACAGUUUGAUGAUAUUGCUAGGAAUACAAAAUACAUGAAAAAAAAACCCUCAAUUGGAGAAGGAGGGUUUAUCUGUGCAGGAAACCAUUUUCUGGGUUAGGAUUGAGGUUAGGAAACACAGAACAGUGUUGAAGUGCCUAUGAGCUUUCAGAUCCUUGUCACUCACUAAUCACUCAAAUCAUUAAAGCGCUAUCAGACUUCAGCUGAAUUUAUAACAUAUUAGGAAAUUCUACAGAUUUGAAAAUAAUAUUUUUCCUUUAAAAAAUGCUUGUGGUUUUAUUGCUUUGAAUAAAAAAUUACAAUGUGAAUAUGUAAUUGUAUAAAGUUAGUGUGCUGAGUUUAUUGUUUCAUCUGGAAAAGACUUUUUUUUUUUUUUUCCUAAUUUUACAUAGUUUUAAACCCAGGAGUUUGAUAGUAUGGGAGCUACAUCUAUUUGAAGUUUUAAGGUGCAGCACAAACUAGUUAGAAAGGCCCCACCUGAUUCCUGGUGAGUAUCAGUAAAACCUCCACCUCAGUUCUUAAAGAAACCAUAAGAAGCAGCUGACACUCCAAGGCUGAAUUUCCUGCCUAAAACACUCUUUUGUCUAUAUCUGUGACUCCAGCAUGACUUCGAUAUACUCAGCUGUGACACAGAGGUUGUGACUGUAAAAGCAGUGUUAACAUAUGCUGUGAACUGUGUCUAACACUUGAGCAGCUGGACGGUUGGGCAGGAGCUUGUGCCACAAAAAUGGCUAAUUUGGGCAGAAAAUUGGGGAAUGGGUGCUGAUGAUGCUGUACAACUGAAAGUUCUGAGCCCAUUGUCAGGGAUUGUUGUUUCUGGUAGGGGGCAAAGCAAAAAUUUCACUUCACUUAUAUACCUAAUAUGCUUUUUUUUUUUUUAACAUCUUUUUAACCGGAAAGGUUAAUUUCCUCAUACGUGUAGUAAAGGAGAGGGGAAGGGGAGAGAGAAAAAUAGUAUUUCUCUGGCUAGGGCAGAAUUUUCCACUCAUAGGAAGAUAAAUAAGCCUACUGAAUUCCACACUGUUUUGUGAAUUGUAAAGACUAAUGUUUAAAGGGGUCAAGAAAUUAUUCUGUCAGGGUUUUUUGUGCAAUGUCAGCUCUGCCUGCUUGUAGGUAGGUGUUUGAGGUACGAUACAAAAGAUUAUAGCAGUGCUCUUCUUCAACUAACUAAACCUAAAAUACAUUUCCAAGAUACGUGUGGGCACAGAUGCACACUGAUUUCUGCUAUGCAGAAAUCAGAUCUAAGAUCCAUAGCCAAAAUGAAAAAAUUAAAUGGCACUUAACCAACAUACUGUUCAUCAUGUGCAUGAAAAAUGGUGGGUCUUGCUCACCUAUAUGUUCAGCUGUGCUAAUUUCACAGGUAAUUGUAUCACCCUUUUAACUAAUUUUGAAGAAGGUAAUAAUUUUUAUUGAAAGCAAAGCUAAUGCUUAAUGGCUGCUUCUAAGUGAGUCAUUAAACUUCAGGUUUAAGUCAAAAGUAUGUACUAAACAUUUAUGAUAUAUAAUACUUUAAACAUUCAGAAUCGCCUAAAAUUUCUUUCUUGUAUCAAAAAAUGUAGAAUUUCCUAAUAUUUUUUAUAUGUCUAAGGUAGGUAACAAAAUCGUGCUAUAAUAGAUUACAAAGAUAUGAACAAACUGGCUGAAAUUAUCUGUAAAAGAUGAUGACUGUAUAAAUAGCUAACUUUAAUUUCCCAUCUGCAAUCUUAAUAUUCUUUUUAAAAUUUGUUUAUGAUGAAUGAAUUGGAUAUGUGAUUAUUUACUGGGUUUUGUGAAGUCUUUUUCUAAAUUUAAGCAUUGAAAAAAGUGUAUUUUCAAAACCAUGUAAUUUUUGGCAAGAUAGGACAUUUUAAUGACAUGUUUUAAGUUAUGGUUCUUUGAGCUUUGUAUUCACUUUCACUCUGCAUGCAUGCACCUCUUUCUUAAAACCUUUUUUUUUUUUCAGAAUCUUCAUAUUUAAAAAAUAAUGUCACUAUUUCCAAGAGAUAAACAUUAAGCUUUGUAUAAUGUUGCAGUGAAUUUCACUUUAAAUCCCACAUUGUAGGGAAAGUGAGGGAUCUUUUUAUAAGAUAAUGUUGUGAAUACAUUAUUUUAGACAUUGUUAUCUUCAUGGUUGCUUCACAGUACGAUGUGUCGCAUUGAACCUAAUGAUAUUUGUGGUAUUUUGGGAAAGAGUAAAAGCAGCGAAAAGAAUGGCUGUUAGCUUACAGAGCUUGUGUUACUGUUAUGUGUUCAGUACACGUACAAGUGUUGAAGAAAUCCUGUGUUUGUUUCAAUGUGUAAUGAAUGUAAAGUAACAUGCAGUUGUUUUAAGAUGUACUGUACUUUCCAUGAAUUUUCAAGUGAUAUUUUCAAGAGGUC